AGGAAGGCUGCAAGAGAAUCCACACUACCAAACAUGGUAAAGCUUAGGAACAGACCAUUCCCAUACCAUACAUACACAUACAUUCACCAAUUCACUCUCUUUCUCUUACUCUUUCUCUUUUCUCUCUCUGUCUCUGUCUCUGUCUCUGUCUCUCUCCUUCAUCUCUCCCUUUCUUUCUUUCUUUCUUUGUAAUCUGAUAUGAUAAACAGUACCACCCUGACGAUCCACCCACUUCAUUUCUUUCUUUUCCAUCUUCACCAACUCACCAACCUUACCUUCUUACAUAUAUAUACUAUACAAACACGUACACCCAGAUUCUGAUCAUGAGAGAAACACUAAGCUUCUGAUCUGAGCUGAACUUUCUUUUUAUCUCCCCUCCCCUCCCAAACUCAUGAGAUCGAUAUUCCAUGUUUCAAUGCUUUCUUAACAUGCGCGAAUAAUAAAUAAAAAAAAAAAAAGAAAAAGAAACAGACACAGAGAGAUUCUAUUCUAUUAUAUUCUAUUCUACACAGCUUGUCUUGUGAAUAAAAUCUCUCAUGAAAAAGGGUACAGAGAUCACAGGUACUUGAGUGCUUUCAACUAGCAGAGUCCAACUUCUUUCUUCUCUCUUUUUUUCUCUUUUCAUGGAGAAGAAGAUUACACACACCAGAUCAUCAUCAUCAUCAUCAUCAUCAUCUUCUUCUUCUUCUUCUUCUUUGUCACUCAGGUUCAUCAUCAAACCCAUCUUUCUCUUCUCUUUCUUCAUCUUCUUCUUCUCAGUUUCUGCACUCUUUACUACCCACAUCAGUAUCACCUCAACUACAUGUCUAGAUGAAAUCAUGAGGACUCCAUUUUCUGGUAAAGCUGAUUUGUAUUCUCAGAAGAAGGAGGAGGAUGGUAAAAUGAGAAGGGGAAGAAUGGGAAGGAGGCUGCUGAGUGGGCCAGGAUCAUCGCCGCCACGGUGCACUUCGAAAUGCGGGAAGUGCACGCCGUGCAAGCCGGUGCACGUGCCGGUGCCGCCUGGGACGCCGGUGACCGCGGAGUAUUACCCGGAGGCAUGGAGGUGCAAAUGUGGGAAUAAGUUGUACAUGCCCUGAUAUAUUAUUAUUAUUAUUGUCAUUAUAAACAUAUAUAAAUUAAUUAAGAGUAUAGUUGUUUGGUUAAAAAUGGAAUUUUAUAUAUAUAUAUAUAUUUCUGUGUAGGAGGCAAAGGCAAGUAAGUUGGUGAUGAGUUGUUAAUUAGUGUUUAUGAAUAUUUGAUGAGAGAAUUAGAGGGGAUAUAUUUAUAGGUCUUUUGCUUCUUUUAUAUAUAUGAUAUGUAUAGGUCUUUUAUAUAAUCCGACAAAUGGCAGUGAACUCAAUUGGAGUGUUAAAAA